AGGAUGGCUCGUACUACAAGUUGGACUCGUAUACAGCAUCACGUUGUGGCAAGAACACGUACAACACGAAGACGUAUGAUUUGUCAGCAUAUGCAUCAUCCCACACCGAUGUCAAGGUGAAGCUGUACAUUGACAGUGGCUUCGCGGGCUCAGGCGAGUACUUUGUUAUCGAUUACGUCAAGAUCACGUUUGAUGACAAUGAUUGUUCAACAACGACGACUACCACUACUACGGCCACGACGACCACGACGACCACCACGACCACGACGACCACGACGACCACCACGACAACACCGUCGGAGUGUACGCAAACGGUGCAUGACGCGUUUUCACAAAAUAGUUACAGCAACAACGACGGCAGCAAGCCCUGGGCCGCGUCCUGGGUUGAGACCGACCCGGGCAACGGCGGGGCAUCCUCUGGUAACGUGUUUGUCAACAACGGCGCGCUCGUAUUGACCCAGCAGUCUUACAACGGCUAUACCAAGGUUACGCGGGAGGUCGAUCUCAGUGGGACUCGGGGAGCACAGUUGGAGAUCAAAUUUUACUUGGCCGGUGAAUUAGAGAGCUCAGAUGAGGCAUCUCUAUGGAUUAUUAAGGAUGGCUCGUACUACAAGUUGGACUCGUAUACAGCAUCACGUUGUGGCAAGAACACGUACAACACGAAGACGUAUGAUUUGUCAGCAUAUGCAUCAUCCCACACCGUCGUUAAGCUGUACAUUGACAGUGGCUUCGCGGGCCCAGGCGAGUACUUUGUUAUCGAUUACGUCAAGAUCACGUUUGAUGACUGUGAGCAGUCGUGUCAAGACCUACAGUACGCCGACAACUUUGCAUCUGGCGGCUAUUCAGGCAACUCUGGAAGCAUAGCUUUUGGUAGCAACUGGGUCGAAGCAGAUGCAGGCGGAAGCGGUGCGGCAGGCGGAAACGCGCUUAUCAGUGGUGGGCAACUCUAUUUGAAGGGUAGUGGUAACGGAUACGGUGAAACCCAGGUUUAUCGCGCCAUUUCUUUGGAGCACGCGUCUGCAGCAACGUUACGCGUUUCGUUCAAGUUUGUUGGUGACGUGGAGAAUGUUGACGUGGCGUACAUUGGCGCCAUGACUGCGUCCGGUGCCAUGGUGGGGGAGGAGUUUGUGGCAACAGACUAUAAGAGCUUGACGGAACGCGUGUAUGACCUGUCAGCACUGCUGGGUCAAAGAGACGUGUGGGUUGGUUUUGGUGUCAAAGCAAACUUACAUGCAUCGGAUGAAUAUCUAAUGAUCGAGCAAGUCUCUGUGGAAUAUCAAACGUGUGCUUCAACGACGACCACGACGACCACGACGACCACGACGACCACGACGACCACGACAACACCCUGCAGCGUGUCUCAAACCGUGCAUGACGCAUUUUCACAAAACAGUUACAGCAACAACGACGGAAGCAAGCCUUGGGCUGCGUCCUGGGUUGAGACCGAUGCAGGCAAUGGUGGUGCAUCCUCUGGUAACGUGUUCAUCUACAACGGCGCGCUCGUAUUGACCCGGCAGUUCUAUGGAGGCUCAACCAAGGUUACGCGGGAGGUCGAUCUCAGUGGGACUCGGGGAGCACAGUUGGAGAUCAAAUUUUACCUGGCCGGUGAAUUAGAGAGCUCAGAUGAGGCAUCUCUAUGGAUUAUUAAGGAUGGCUCGCACUACAAGUUGGACUCGUAUACAGCAUCACGUUGUGGCAAGAACACGUACAACACGAAGACGUAUGAUUUGUCAGCAUAUGCAUCAUCCCACACCGAUGUCAAGGUGAAGCUGUACAUUGACAGUGGCUUCGCGGGCUCAGGCGAGUACUUUGUUAUCGAUUACGUCAAGAUCACGUUUGAUGACAAUGAUUGUUCAACAACGACGACUACCACUACUACGGCCACGACGACCACGACGACCACCACGACCACGACGACCACGACGACCACCACGACAACACCCUGCAGCGUGUCUCAAACCGUGCAUGACGCAUUUUCACAAAAUAGUUACAGCAACAACGACGGCAGCAAGCCCUGGGCCGCGUCCUGGGUUGAGACCGACCCGGGCAACGGCGGGGCAUCCUCUGGUAACGUGUUUGUCAACAACGGCGCGCUCGUAUUGACCCAGCAGUCUUACAACGGCUAUACCAAGGUUACGCGGGAGGUCGAUCUCAGUGGGACUCGGGGAGCACAGUUGGAGAUCAAAUUUUACUUGGCCGGUGAAUUAGAGAGCUCAGAUGAGGCAUCUCUAUGGAUUAUUAAGGAUGGCUCGUACUACAAGUUGGACUCGUAUACAGCAUCACGUUGUGGCAAGAACACGUACAACACGAAGACGUAUGAUUUGUCAGCAUAUGCAUCAUCCCACACCGUCGUUAAGCUGUACAUUGACAGUGGCUUCGCGGGCCCAGGCGAGUACUUUGUUAUCGAUUACGUCAAGAUCACGUUUGAUGACAAUGAUUGUUCAACAACCACGACGACCACGACGACCACGACGACCACGACGGCCACGACGACCACGACGACCACGACGACCACGACACGAACACCAGAUCAAUCUUGCCCAGUGAUUCCAUACAGUAUCACACAACAGGGCCUGACGCUCCCUGCAGGUGAUACCUUUAGCGAUGGCGAUCAUGUGAACAUUCGACUUCAGUCGGGCGCUUCAAGAAAUAUCCACUUUGAAGGCAAAUGCCAAUAUUAUGACAUGUAUGAGUGUGCAGGAUCGAAGCACGACAUCGCCUCGCAUAUCGGAAGCAAUUUCAUACCGUGGACAUUGUUCAACUUGGCGGCAGGAGACUGCAUUACGUGGAUCCAAGUAGCAGGAUACAACGAGCAUUACGGUGAAUGCAAUGAGCCACCCUAUUGUGUCACACCAACUACCACUACUACGACCACGACGACCACGACGACCACGACGACCACGACGACCACGACGACCACGACACGAACACCAGAUCAAUCUUGCCCAGUGAUUCCAUACAGUAUCACACAACAGGGCCUGACGCUCCCUGCAGGUGAUACCUUUAGCGAUGGCGAUCAUGUGAACAUUCGACUUCAGUCGGGCGCUUCAAGAAAUAUCCACUUUGAAGGCAAAUGCCAAUAUUAUGACAUGUAUGAGUGUGCAGGAUCGAAGCACGACAUCGCCUCGCAUAUCGGAAGCAAUUUCAUACCGUGGACAUUGUUCAACUUGGCGGCAGGAGACUGCAUUACGUGGAUCCAAGUAGCAGGAUACAACGAGCAUUACGGUGAAUGCAAUGAGCCACCCUAUUGUGUCACACCAACUACCACUACUACGACCACGACGACCACGACGACCACGACGACCACGACGACCACGACGACCACGACACGAACACCAGAUCAAUCUUGCCCAGUGAUUCCAUACAGUAUCACACAACAGGGCCUGACGCUCCCUGCAGGUGAUACCUUUAGCGAUGGCGAUCAUGUGAACAUUCGACUUCAGUCGGGCGCUUCAAGAAAUAUCCACUUUGAAGGCAAAUGCCAAUAUUAUGACAUGUAUGAGUGUGCAGGAUCGAAGCACGACAUCGCCUCGCAUAUCGGAAGCAAUUUCAUACCGUGGACAUUGUUCAACUUGGCGGCAGGAGACUGCAUUACGUGGAUCCAAGUAGCAGGAUACAACGAGCAUUACGGUGAAUGCAAUGAGCCACCCUAUUGUGUCACACCAACUACCACUACUACGACCACGACGACCACGACGACCACGACGACCACGACGACCACGACGACCACGACACGAACACCAGAUCAAUCUUGCCCAGUGAUUCCAUACA